AUGUUGAGAGCAAGCAUUAUAUACGGCGGCGGCAUUGUUGGACUCGGUGUUCUCCUCUUCAAGUUCACCGUCCCCACGGAGGAACAGCUCCUCCAGGAAAUGACGCCCGAGAGACGUGCACACGUUGAACGGAACCGUGCGAUUCGCCAGGAGGAACAGCGUCUCGUUAUGGAGAUAGCCAGGGAGACCGCCAACAGCAACGAGCCCGUAUGGAAGACGGGGAAGCUGUACAACCCAUGGGAGGGGACGGGGAACAAGCUGCUCGUGGACUCAGUGAAGGUGCAAAGAGAGGAGGCCCGUGUUAGGCAGCAGGAGAAACUCAACUCUCUCCGUGAUAUGGAGCAGGAGUUGAAGAAGUAG